AUGGAGGAAAUCGAGGUACGGCAAGCUGCAGACGCCUUGCUGCAGAAGCUUCAGGGAGCCGGUGUAGUCCCAGGCAACGGGACUGACUAUGGGGAAGGUGAUGUCCAGCGCGUAGAGCUCAGCAAAAACCCGCGGCCCGAAUGCGUCGCAUCCACAAGGUCUUUAUACUGUAGCCCAGUUGGUGAUCCUACAAUUGCUAGUGAAGUCGGCGCUGGCGCGUCGAACUACUUCAAGAGCGCACAAUGGUCGCCAGACGGCACCUGUAUUCUGACCAACAGCGCCGACAACCACCUCCGAACCUUCGUGCUGCCUGCGGACCUCCUCUCCGAACCAACAAACCACGCAUUGGCGCCCUAUGCGUCGCUGCACCAGCAAGUCUACGCCUAUGCGCUCCACCCGCUCUUCUCCCUCUCAGAGACCAGUUCCACACUCGUGCUCAGCAGCUUCCGCGACCUUCCGCUCCGCCUGCACAAUGCUCUUGCCUUUGACGUUGGGAUGGUAGCAAGCUAUCCACAUAUCAAUCCCCUCACCGAGGAGUACAUCCUCACGCACUCGCUUAUCUGGACCAGCGCCGGCACACACUUCAUGACAGGCAGUGAGCACCAGCUCAGUGUCUUCGAUGUCAGUCGAGGCGGAGAAGGCCCGGUGACGCGCCAUUUCGCCGGCUCGUCGAAGUACAAGGCGAAGAACGCGUUAGGCGGCAUGAGAGGGAUUGUCUCGGCGCUCGAUAUCAGCUGUGAAGGCUACCUGGCAGCGGGGACUUUUGCGGGGAAUGUUGCUUUGUUCGGUGACGAGGGCCGUGGGGAGUGCUUCUCCUGCUUCUCUGUCGCUGGGUUCCGUGACGAAGACGAAAAGAUUGGCGGCUUGGGGAUCACGCAGGUGAAGUGGAGUCCCUGCGGUCGGUACCUUUAUGUCGCGGAGAGGAAAAGCGAUGGGGUACUUGUGUACGACAUCCGUGUCGCUGGCAAGAGACUCGGCUGGCUGGCCGGUAGGAAGGCGAAUACAAACCAGCGGAUGGGCAUGGAUGUGAUUGCAACAGCCGAAGGGCACGAGGUUUGGGCAGGUGGGACUGAUGGGAAGGUCCGUGUGUGGACUAAUGCUACCGACGCAGAAGGAGAACAGGGGCCUGGUUUUGAGUGGCAGGCUCAUGAGGAUGCGGUGUCUUCAGUCAUCGUGCAUCGGACUGGCUCGGUCGUCGCAACUUGCUCUGGUCAACGACAUCCUCCCUCAAUCACAAAUCACGAGAUGUCUGAUGAAGAAGACUCAGAUGCCUCAUCAAGUUCAGACGAUAGCGACACUUAUUCGGCUAGCAGUGGUGAGGAUACGUCUUCUUCUUUCUCUCUGACUUCUACUGUCAUACCUACGUACGACAACACCCUCAAAGUCUGGGCGAUUUGA